AGAAAGGCUGUUUUGGUUCUUUUGAAUCCAUUAUUCUCUCCAAAAUCUUAUUUUUUAUUUUUAAAAAGUGAGACAAAGAAAAAUAGAGAGAAUAUUUCUUAGGGAAGAAGAAGAGAAUCAGGAAAGUAAUUUCUCUCGCAAUACAUAUAGUUUUGGGGGAUUUUGGGUCUGUCUCAAAUAAAUAAAUAAAUGAAAUCUGAGAUUUUGGUUGGUGUCUUCUAGUUGUAUGAAAUGGAGUUCGAUAACAUUGAGUGUGUGUCAACUACAGAUGGAAUCAAUGAGGAUGAGAUCCAUCACCAUAACCUGCAACAUCCUCACCCUCAUCAUGCUCACCACCAAUUUUCAUCGUCCAAGCCUCACAAUGCCACCAACACCACCAAUAAUGGGAAUACCACCACCAACAACAUUGUGGGUCCUACGGCCAUCGCUCCUGCUACCAGCGUCCAUGAAUUGUUAGAAUGCCCUGUUUGUACCAAUUCUAUGUACCCACCAAUCCAUCAGUGCCACAAUGGCCAUACAAUUUGUUCUACCUGUAAAACAAGAGUACACCAUCGGUGCCCCACUUGUAGACAGGAACUCGGUGAUAUCAGAUGUUUAGCAUUGGAGAAAGUGGCGGAAUCCCUUGAGAUGCCUUGCAAAUACUACAACUUGGGAUGCCCAGAAAUAUUUCCCUAUUACAGCAAACUCAAACAUGAGGCAAUGUGCAACUACAGACCAUACAAUUGUCCCUAUGCUGGAUCAGAAUGUUCUGUUGUCGGGGAUAUUCCUUUCCUGGUUGGCCAUCUGCGGGAUGACCACAAGGUGGACAUGCAUACUGGCUGCACAUUUAACCAUCGCUAUGUUAAGUCCAACCCUCGGGAAGUAGAGAAUGCUACCUGGAUGCUAACAGUCUUCCAUUGCUUUGGUCAGUAUUUUUGUCUUCACUUUGAAGCUUUCCAGCUUGGCAUGGCCCCUGUCUACAUGGCAUUUCUCCGUUUCAUGGGUGAUGAAACAGAGGCUAGGAACUAUAGCUAUAGCCUUGAGGUUGGAGCAAAUGGCCGAAAACUUAUAUUUGAAGGCACCCCACGUAGCAUCCGUGAUAGUCACCGGAAAGUCAGGGACAGCCAUGAUGGUCUAAUUAUCCAACGUAACAUGGCACUUUUCUUCUCUGGUGGGGAUAGGAAGGAGCUGAAGCUGAGGGUUACAGGGAGGGUAUGGAAGGAACAACAAAAUCCAGAUACUGGUGUAUGCAUACCAAACUUAUGCAGCUGAGACAAUUGAUUUCAGUAACUUCCUCUUGAUUUAUUUUAAACACUUCCCGCUGUGUCUGUCUAACUCUGUCAACACUUCCUAUUAUGUCGUAAUGUAUGGAAGAUUUCAGAUUCAAUGGAAUCUGUAAUAAGCAUAUUUUCUUCCUUUGUGUUUGCAAUAAUAUGAACAUUAACUGA